AUGAAAGAUUAUCCAGAUCAUGUGGUUAUGUCAAUCGACAAUGCCCCUUUCUGCAACCAGCAUGAUGAAGAUGUAGUACAUGUUCUCUUCACAUGCUCUUUUUCCAGAGUUGUUUGGAUGAUCAUACUAGGAGGCCCAUGUAUACCUACAAGGAAUGAUAUAAGUAUUGCAGACAUUUUUGAACACUGGAUGAACAUCGACAGACAACACAACAUGCCAAAAGGAAGGCUAACCACUGCCAUGAUUGUCUCAUGGUCAAUUUGGAAUGAAAGAUGUGAGGUUAAGUUUCAACAGAAGCAGGCAGUUCCUCAGAAAGUUGCCAGUAAAGCCAUGAACUUUGCAGUCUAUAUAAAACAGCUAAAUGAGAAAACUGAACAGAAUUCAGUUGUUGCAUAUAAAAAAACAUCACAUCUGCAUUGGAAACCACCUGCAUCACCAUUUUAUGUUAUAAACUGUGAUGCUUCUUAUGAUGCAGCUUCUGGACCGACAAGGAUUGCUCUUAUUUUACGUGAUUUUGCAGGAAACUGGUGGGGAUGCUCUACAAAAUGCUAUGCAGGAAUAAGAAGUUCGGAGCAAGCAGAAUGUCUAGCGUUUUAUCAAGCUGUUAAAUGGAGUAAAGAGUUGCAGCAUACACAUAUAGUACUGGAAACGGACUUGAAGGGAACUGAAAGCUACAUCAACAACUCUGCACCGGUGAUAGCCUGGGAGAAUGAGGACAUUUUGCUCGAUGCCAUUGAGUGUCUUAAAAAUAUCCCACAGUGGGAGUGUCAUUUUGUUCCUAGAAAUUGUAAUAAACCUGUUGAUAAGCUAGCUAAACACAACUGGAAAAAUGGAGUCACUAGGGAAUGGUUUGAUAAACCUCCCAGUAUUAUUGAGAGUCUUUUGUUAGCAGACAACGUUUCAUUUCUUAAUCAAUAA